CGGUCAGUUUGAACGAAAGAAAUUUCUACAGUAAUCAUACUUUUCACGUCUUGGUAGCAGCUCUAAAACAGUUGAAGUCGAUUAUUCAUAGCCAUUGGAUUUUUGAUAAAACCUAAUAAAAAUGGAAGACUACCUAAAGAUUGAGAAAAUUGGGGAAGGUACAUAUGGAGUGGUAUAUAAGGGUCGGCACAAGUCCACAGGGCAGGUGGUGGCUCUAAAGAAGAUUCGCCUGGAGAGUGAGGAGGAAGGAGUGCCAAGCACAGCUGUCCGAGAGAUCUCCCUACUCAAAGAACUACAGCACCCAAAUGUUGUUAGGCUGCUGGAUGUCCUGAUGCAGGAGUCCAAAUUGUAUUUGGUGUUUGAGUUUCUGUCAAUGGAUUUGAAAAAAUACCUGGACUCUAUUCCCUCAGGCCAAUACAUGGAUCCCAUGCUUGUGAAGAGUUAUCUAUAUCAGAUUCUGGAAGGAAUUCUAUUCUGCCACUGUCGCCGUGUUCUACAUCGUGACCUAAAGCCACAGAACCUGUUAAUUGAUAACAAAGGCGUUAUUAAACUUGCUGAUUUUGGGUUGGCCCGUGCUUUUGGGGUCCCUGUUAGAGUCUACACACAUGAGGUUGUGACCUUGUGGUACAGGGCUCCAGAGGUGUUACUGGGAGCUUCUAGAUACUCUACUCCUGUAGAUGUCUGGAGUAUUGGCACAAUCUUUGCUGAACUCGCUACCAAGAAGCCACUGUUCCAUGGAGACUCCGAGAUUGACCAGCUGUUCCGUAUCUUUAGGAUUUUGGGUACCCCCAAUAAUGAUGUGUGGCCAGAUGUGGAGUCACUGCCGGAUUAUAAGAACACAUUUCCAAAGUGGAAAUCUGGCAAUCUGGGAGGUCAGGUUAAAAAUCUUGACAAGAACGGCAUCGACUUGCUUGGGAAAAUGCUGACCUAUGACCCUCUAAAAAGGAUUUCUGCAAGACAGGCAAUGACUCACCCUUACUUUGAUGAUUUGGAUAAGACCACUUUGCCUGCUAGUAACCUCAAGAACUAAACACAAACACUAUUGACAAGAGCUCAGCCCAAACAGCGUUUCUACUCUUCAGUAAGGAUGACAUGCGCACUCAUGCUGAGACAAAACAAGAUUUCUUGUUAAUGAUUUCUAGACGUGUUGCACUGGAAAGCAACAGUUUAUACAUGAUUCAGACUUUACAAUCUGAUGAUGCCGUUAGAUUUUUUUCUCUCUCUGUCUGUCUGUCUGUCAUUUUCCUAUACUUGUGUUUUAUAUGUAAUUUAAGUGUAGACUGUAAAUAAAUGUUCUAUGCUUUGGAGUUUAAAAAGGCUGAGAGACGACAUGAUUCACCAUUAAUAAAGUGCACUUUGGAAGCUGAA